AUGGAUUCCUCCCUAAGAAAAGACCAAAAGUUAGGGCCACUAGCUCCACUUCCCAUUUCUCUAUUACAGGGUAGCACCUUUUCAUCUUUGCCAGAUUUAGCAAAUGGAUCUCAUCAACCAAACCAUUACCAGUCCACAAAAAUCCUGGGGAGUUCUAGUGGCCAUUCAGAGAGUGAAAGUGGAAUUGCAAGCGGAGGAGAAGGAGUGACUGCGGCAAAUUCAGAGGGAUGCUUAUCAUUGGAUGGGGAGGGAAUGCAAAGUGGUCAAGGGCAAGUCGAGGACAUACAGCAAAUAGAUACUGAUGCUCCACCAGCUCCGUAUUCCAGAUCAAAGCAUCAUUACCCUUUUGCAUUAUAUGAUUGCUCCCUAUUGCAAGCAGAGAAACUUAAACAGAUGACUCUAGGAAAAACACAAAGGUCCAUUCCAGGCUUUUAUUUUUCAAGGACACCUGGUCAAAUUGGUAUGAACAGGACUAUGCUUCCUGUUAGCUCUGAAGACCAUAGCCCAGAAGAUAACGUUGACUUUCAAGACCUAAUUGAGGUACUGAGCCCUCAGAAUUCUUCUCACAACUCUUCUUCUUUGGAAUCCCUCUCAGUGACUUGUGAAGUGCUGGAAGCAGAGCCUACAGCACUGAGGCGCAGUGUAUCUCUGGAGAGUUGGCCAGCCUCUUACAAAAGCAAUGAAGACUUGUUCAGUCAACAGGGCUCUGCAGAUAUCACUCCUGGGAGUGAGCCCAGAGAAGAGCUGAGCAAACGUACAUUAGACUUACUGAAAAGGUUGGAAGAUAUUGAAUGUCCAGCUGAGCAGAAGAUGAAACGUAGUCUAUCUGAUGACAUUACCCUAAGGAGUGGCUCUCAUGAGACAUCUCUGCCAGGGAUCCGCUCUCAAGCGGAGAAAGUGAAAUCAGAAAAUGAAGAUCUUGGCUCUGAACUAACAGAGUUGAGCAGCAGUGAGGAGCUAUCGCUAAAGUCAGAAGAUCUUGUAGUACUAAAAGGCAGACUGAUGGAUUCCAAUGCUAGCUUUCGCAAGCACUUGAGUCGUUCUCUAGCUGGGGAUGAAAGAGAGGCAAAUCUCAGUAUGAUUGUGAAUGUAUCAUGUACUUCAGCCUGCACAGAUGAAGAAGAUGACAGUGACCUUCUGUCUAGCUCUACACUAACCUUAACAGAAGAGGAAGAAGAAGAAGAGGAGGAACUUGACGAACUCAAUAGAAGUCUUGGAAGUGAAGACGAAACUGGGGAUGGUAUAGGACUUCCCUUAGGGUCCGAUUUUAUCAGGCGUGAGCUGCAAGCAUGGAUUAGACCUACCUAUUUGUUGCCCAGAGAAAGAAGAAAAAUGAAUAGAGUAGUACAGGACAUAACAGGAACACCAAAAGUUGACAAGAUCUGGAAGAGUUCACUGAACAGAGAACAAGAAAAUAAUGGAAAUGAGAAAUAUGCAAAUGAGGAAGAUACAAGUAAAUGUUUGACAAAUGAAGAAGAGACUGUAAAUAACUCAAGUCAUCAAGUUGAUGACUUGGAAAAUGGAAAUGUUAACAAUAGACUGAGCGCCAUGAAGGACAAUGUAAGUACAGUAAACCACCCUGUAAAGAAAAAAAAUGGACCUUAUCCAUGGUUAUCAAUAACCAAGACCGAGAAACUCCACCCUCCCAGCAUGCCCGCUUUGGCAUAUCAUAAACCCCGUGAACUUGGACCCACCUGCAAUCAGAAGAGCAAUAUGCGAAUAACAUGUGAUGCUGUUGCAGAUGUAGACAUGCCAGAUAAUAGUUGCAUGACAUCUGAAAAAACCAAACCAGAGCCUUGUCACCAGCUAACAGAAGAAACACCGGAGUCAUCUUGUUCAUGCCAUGGUUCUACUAAUGAGAGGACAAACAGUCCAGACUGCACAGUACACGAGUUUGUGAAGGAGAUUCUGGACAUGACAUCAACUGCACUUCAUGGGUCACCUCCAAAGGAUGGGCUGAGUAGUGGCACAGGAGCACAAAUCAGAGAGAAGGUAUUGGAACAUUCCCGCAGGCAGCUGGAGAGAGGAGACUUUUACUCUUACCUGUCCAUUUCUUCCCAUGACAGUGACUGUGGGGAGCUUAAUGGACCUGUCCGUGCUACUACACCGGAGAUACUAGCACAAGAUGAUAGAGAGUUUGAGAGCAUGUUUGAAGGCUGCACACAAGACAAGGAAGAAGAGCAAAUAGCUGACACAUUUACUGAUCUCAAAGGGUCUUCCAAUGUGGCUACCACACCACAGCUUGCACCAAGUUUCCCACUGAAAACCACCUCUACUGUCUUCAAGAAUCCACAGAGCAGAGCCCAAUCCUCAGGACAACAAACCACAACAAGGGCAUCUGUCCGAAAAUUCCAGGGUCACUCAGAAGGCAAUAAAAAAAGUAGUAGUACCAAGCUUUCCAGCAAGAUAUUCCCUGCAACUCAAGAGAUGUGUUCAGAACCACAGCAGAAAUGUCCUGUUAAGCCUACAGCUUCUAGCCUCCCAGUUCUGCACAAGAGAGUGCGUGACCAGAGGUCGAUGACAGCAGGCAGCUCCUCAAUAGGCAGAGGUCAACAUAAGGUUGGUAUUAUAUUGUCCCUCUUCAGUUUUCUAGUCUGA